AACCAACGUUCGUUGUCAGGAAGUAGCAUAUUUUAUUUAUCGUAGACGUUGGCAAAUGUUUUUUCUUUGCUAACGCGAAGUAUGCAAGUUCUUAUUGUUUUGAGAUGUUAAGAAGAAAUAAUGAAAUAUGCUAAGUGGUAGGCCACACCUGUGCAGGGGUUUGGUAUUAAUUAAAGACUGUUACCAUGAGUAACUGUAUGAUCCACUGCCAUUACAUAACGCUACGGAAGCCCCACCAGCUCAUUAUAACAGUCCAGUCUAUGGUUAGCGGUACAUUACACGAGCGCGUUUCUACAGUGGAGAUGUUCACAUGUGUAAGAGUUGACCAAGUUAAACCAAACUGUUAUGAAGGGAUUUCUCUGGCUUCAGGUGUGUGAAGAUCCACAGACAGGAUGAUCUACAUCAUCAUGGGAGUCUCGGGCUGCGGAAAAAGCAGCUUCGGUGCCUCUCUAUCAGAAAAGCUGGGCUGGCCCCUACACGAAGGGGAUCACUUCCACCCACAGGGGAACAUUGAGAAGAUGGCUCGUGGUGAACCGCUCACAGACCAGGACAGAUUGCCUUGGCUUCUCAAACUACAUGAAGUCAUUGAGAGAGAAAGGUGUUCACGCUCUGAUGCUCUCGUGGCGUGCUCCGCUUUGAAACGCCUGUACAGACAGAUCCUGCUCUUUGGCUCCAAAGCCCUUGAUUCCUCCUCUGGUCCAGACCAAGAGAUCCUGCCUCCAACCCCUCCCGAUGUCUUUUUUCUCUUCCUACACGGCGACUAUGAUCUCAUUCAGCAGAGGAUGGUGGCCCGGAGGGGACACUACAUGAAGGCAGACCUGCUGCGAUCCCAGUUUGACGCUUUAGAGCCUCCUUUGGAUGAGGAGAAUGUGUUGCCUUUGGACAUAAGGAGGAGCUUCACUGACAUGGCCAUGGAGGUCCAGAAGCACAUCGCUCUCCUCAAGUCGUCAGCAUUAACCACAGUCCAUAUUUAGUUCAUGACUUAGAAUAAAGAACAGUUUAUUGCUUGUGCAGCAGUUGGAGGGUUGGUUUUAUCUACUCAUUAGUGAUUGAUUAGAGAAUCUUUAUGAUCCUGUGGUGAAAACAUUCUUUUAUGAACCUCCAGUAGUAUGCCACACAGAAAAAGGCUAGAAAUUCACACGAUCAGUUAAAUGUAGUGUGAAUAUUAACUGUUUUUGACGUAUGAAGGGUGAUUUUUUUCAAUCAAAAGAUCUUUUGACUGCACAGAAAGCAUGUUAUGAAGGACAAAUGCCUUCAGCACAUGUUGACUUACAAAAGAACAACAAGAAAAGCUUUUUUAAAUGUUUUUUAUACAGAAAAUGAACCAAACCAAAGGAUUUUACAGAUCAGAUCAUAUUUUUUGACAGACAUGCAACAUUUACAGGACAAAUUUGGCCUUUUUUGGCUUUGUAGUCACUGUAGUGGGUUGAUUCAGAACGGAAUUUUGAAAAUAAAAUCAACUGA